AUCCUCCCUCUCUCCGACUAGUUUCUUCCCAUAGUGUUUUCUCGCGGCCGGGUCAGGUGACAGGCUUUGGAGCAGCUGGCCAGCCUCGUUGUCGCGCUCAACCAUCGCCAAACGGGAGUGAACGGGAUAGAGGCUCAUGCUAACGGAUUUAUCUGAAUAUUUUGAAGAUAUUGGACGGAACUGAUUUAGGGUCAACGGCAUGGGCGAGCGAACAGCAUUUCUGUUGUUAUGGGUGGCGACCUUGACGCUGACAUCGGAGGUGCCAUCUGAUGACUCACUAGGUCUGCUACCAGAGCCCCAGGUAGCCAUGUUCUGUGGGAAGCUGAAUAUGCACGUCAACGUCCAGAGUGGCAAGUGGGAGCCGGACCCCUCCGGCACCAAGAGCUGCAUCGGAACCAAGAAUGGCAUCCUGCAGUACUGCCAGGAGGUGUACCCUGAGCUCCAGAGCACUAACGUGGUGGAGGCCAACCAGCCAGUCAGCAUCCAGAACUGGUGCAAGAAGGGACGCAAGCAGUGUCGCAGUCACACACACAUCGUGGUGCCCUACCGCUGCCUGGUUGGGGAGUUUGUGAGUGAUGCCCUGCUGGUUCCUGAUAAGUGCAAGUUCCAGCACCAGGAGAGAAUGGACAUGUGUGAGAGCCACCUGCACUGGCACACCGUGGCUAAAGAGUCCUGUGGAGACCGCACCAUGAAUCUCCAUGACUACGGCAUGCUGUUGCCAUGCGGCAUCGACCGUUUCCGAGGGGUGGAGUUUGUGUGUUGCCCGGGAGACACGCAGCGCAAGUCAGACAGCGUCGAGCUGACUGAGUCUGACAUGUGGUGGGGCGGUACCGAGACUGAAUACACCGAUAACAGCAUGCCUCGCCAGGCGGAUCAGGGGGCUGCCACCACUGAGGAUGAUGAGGAUGCCUUUGAUAGGGACGGUGACGGUGAUGAGGAUGAUGAUGAUGAAGACGAUGAGGAUGAUGUGACUGACGAACGGGAUAGUGGUGAACGCACCUCCAACAUCGCCAUGACAACCACCACUGAGUCGGUCGAGGAAGUUGUCAGAGAGGUAUGUUGGGCACGUGCUGAAUCGGGCCCAUGCCAUGCCAUGCUGGAGCAUUGGUACUUCGUGCCAGAGAAGGGCACCUGUGCCCCCUUCCUCUUUGGAGGGUGCGGGGGCAACCGGAAUAAUUUUGACUCAGAGGAAUACUGCCUGUCUGUCUGCAGCACCAGUGUGUUGCCCACCAAGGCCCCCUCCCCCCCUGGCGUGGUGGACCAUUACCUGGAGUCUCCCGGAGACUACAACGAACACGCCGACUUCCAGAAGGCCAAGGAAAGUCUGGAGGCCAAGCACCGCGAGAGGAUGUCCCAGGUGAUGAGAGAGUGGGAGGAGGCAGAGAGACAGGCUAAGAUUCUCCCUCGCGCUGACAAGAAGGCUGUCAUUCAGCACUUCCAGGAGAAGGUGGAGGCCCUGGAGCAGGAGGCAGCAGGAGAGCGACAGCAGCUGGUUGAGACCCACAUGGCCCGGGUGGAGGCCCUGCUAAACAGCCGCCGUCGCAUGGCCCUGGAGAACUAUCUUAGCGCCCUGCAGGCCAACCCACCCAGGCCUCGUCAGGUGCUGGGCCUGUUGAAGAAGUAUGUCCGUGCAGAGCAGAAGGACAGACAACACACCCUGAAACACUAUGAACACGUCCGCAUGGUGGACCCCAAGAAGGCUGCUCAGAUCCGACCCCAGGUGAUGACCCACCUGCAUGUGAUUGACGAGAGGAUGAACCAAUCCUUGGGGCUGCUCUUCAAGGUGCCCAGCGUGGCCAACGAAAUCCAAGACCAAGUUUCGGUCCUGAUGCAGAGGGUUCAGUCAGAGCUGUCUCAGCAAGUCUCAUCUCUGCAGAGCGAUGGGAGGACUGAUGUCAUGGUGAGCUAUGGGAACGAUGCCCUGAUGCCUGACCAGGCCUACAGCUCUGCCCCUCUGGACCCUGGCAUGGGCCUGGACAGACUCGGCUUCAUCCACCCAGAGAGUUUCAACCAGCCCAACACCGACAACCAUGUUGAGCCUGUUGACGCUCGUCCAGUUCCAGAUAAAGUCUCUGCUCUGAAGCCUGAGGAGUUCCCUGAGGUGCGGAUGGAGAAAGAGAGGCAAAGCGCCAGCUAUGAAGUGCAUCAUCAAAAACUGGUGUUCUUCGCUGAGGAUGUUGGCUCCAACAAGGGUGCCAUCAUUGGGCUGAUGGUGGGCGGGGUUGUCAUAGCGACAGUCAUCGUCAUCACUCUGAUUAUGCUGAGGAAGAAGCAGUACACCUCCAUUCAUCACGGAGUCAUCGAGGUGGAUGCUGCAGUGACCCCAGAGGAGCGACACCUGUCCAAGAUGCAGCAGAAUGGUUAUGAGAACCCCACCUACAAGUUCUUCGAACAGAUGCAGAACUAAGGAGCUACCCUUUGAUCCCUCACUGACCCUGAACCCCCUUAACCCCUCCUACUUAGGCCAUGUUCCAUUUUGGUCCCUAAACCCUUCUCCUAGCUCCUGCUUAUUUUCAAUGGAUCUGAAAGGACUGGAUAGGUGAAACCAGUAUGACUGAAGCUCCACGUAAAUCUAUUGGGUUAGAAAGAGCCGUAGUCAUAUUACUUACAGCUACCCAAGGGUAGUGAAGGCCAAGGGGCUAGGGGCCAAAAUGGAACCAAGCCACACUCACCCUCCAUCCCUUCCUUGUAAGGUGCAGCACAUCAACAUCCAUAGCUGCCAUUAGUCAGACAAGGGUAUCCUUCUUCACCUGCACAUUUUUAGCCAAUCACAGAUGAGAUCCCGUAGCGUUUGUACAGAACAGAGAAGCUCAUUGAUUGAUUAAUCUGUCCAUGUAUCUGUGGGUUGGCCCUCCCCCUCAGUACAGCACUCACAUCUCUAAGAGGGCUAAACAGAGGCCUCAUAUACACCUGUAAUCUUCCUCCCUCUUCCUCACUCCUUCUGAAGCAAUCUCCUCUCCCCCUCCUCCAUCACUCCCAUGCACUCCUCUCCCGCUCCCCCUCUCAGAUGACGGAUGUGCUGUGUUUGGUGAUGACAUAACAGCUCUUAGCGCUAGCGAAGGGAGGAGGGGCUCAGUCUACCCUGAGCUCCUCUCCGCAGAAUUAUAUCCCAAGUGUUUCAGGUUUGUUUUUCAGAAAAAAAUAUAUACAAAAAAAUUAUAUAUAGAUAUAUAAAUACAUCAUCAGAAAUAUGUAAAUGGUGAAGAAAUAUUGAAUGUUUUCAUUUGUUAUUUUUAUUUUGUGCAUAAUGUAUUGAAACAAGGCAUAAUGUAGUGCAUGGCGAUAUUGAUGACCGAUAUACUUAGAGGGAACCCGGCUCCUGUUGUGGGGACUGGGCCUCUCAUGUAGACUUAGCAGGAUUUAACAUUUCAGUGUCUUCUUUGAUCUUGUGAUACGAAGAAGAGAAAAAAAGUAUUUGGAAUCUGGUCUGCUUUGUUGUCACGGAGACAUGCUUUAAACAGAAUCUGUGCUCUCCUUUGUUUGCCAUGCCUCACCCUGUUUUAGCUGCAUGGGCUGAAUGCUCUAUCUAUAUGUAAUAUGAUAUGAAGUGGAAUAGUAUCUGAAAGGAAGUCGAUUGUGCUACUAUUUGCAUUAUAUGCACUCAUUUAGAGUCUGAUUAUUUACUGGUAUUACUGCUCUGUUUAUCGGCAUUCCAUGUCCAUAGAAUUGUUUCAGCUCCAUUCCUCAUUGCCAUUCCGGAAAUCUCCAGCAUUUGACCUAUCUUUCCUAUUCCUAUAUCGUCUGUGAAUAUCUAUGAAUAUCAUUUACGGAACAGAAAUAAUUAGUUUUUAUUUUUCUCAGGCUUUCAGACUAUUUUUCUAUCUUUCUUUCCCUCUCUCUAUCCUACAGUCCCAACAGCCCUUCUCUAUCACUCCCUCUCUCUGUGCUGUGUCAGCUUGGGGUGUGCGGCGCUUUGGAGUUGUGUAAGAGAGAAUUAGAUUAAGUUGAUAGAGAGAGGGACAGGGAUUGAGAAUGUGAUAAAGAUUAGAAUGUACAAAUCUGAUAUUCCCGUCACCUUUCCUAUCAUCACUCCUGCACACACACACACAUUCCCUCCAGUGUCUCACACACGCAACAUACAUUAUACACUAUUUUUCUAUCUUUCCUUGGUUGUUUGAUACAUGUACAGUGUAUGUGUUCUGUGGUGGAUAUCCCCCUCUUGCUUGUCUUGUCAAAUCUCUCAUUAAGUCUCAGACCUCCUGGCUUUAAAAGCAGAGGCUAAAGAAAUACUGAUCUCAGACCAGUUUGAUGGUUAAAUUGAUCUCGGACCAAUGUGUGAGAGGCUAAAUACAGGGACCUGUAUAAGAUUCGUAAGUGCAAUUCCUCAAGAUUUAAUGAUUUUCUUACGAACUUCUCAAAUAUCGUACAUUUAAAAAAAAAAGAUGUUUGUUUCUAGGCAACCGUUUUAGCUAGUCAUCUAGCUAGCCAUGGCAAUCGGGUUAGCAUAUUUCUUACUGAGAUUACUGUUCUAAAACAUGUUCUUGGGUUUAAAGUAAUCAAUACUGAAACUUUCAGAUGAAUUUUGAGUGAAUUAAACAUUUCAAUUGCUUUCAUUAGCGUUUUCUCUCACUGCCCUGAGUUUAAGACAAUGGUUUAGCUAGCUUGGAAUUAAGAACAUUUCCAAUACUUUAUUUUCAAGAAUCUAAUUUCUUCUUAACUUUUUGCUUAAGGAGCAACACAAGAAAUAGCGCAAGAAAAUAACCUUUUUAAGGAAUAGCAAGUUUUCUUAACUUUCUUCUUAAGUCUAUAGUUAAGGACAAAUUGACCGUUAAGACAUUUCUUCCUAAGAAGGUUUUGUGAAUCUGGGCCCUGAUCUGGAGGACACAACUUCACAAUGUUGAGAUUCAAUGUGUUAUGUAGACCAGAUGUCAUUGUCUGUUAGGUAGUGUUUGUUACAUUUCUAUCUGCAUUUCUAACUGAAUGCACCCCAGAUCUGGGAUCAGUAUUUAGAGGCAGUAGUAGAGACGAGACAUUCCCCGUACCCAAAAUGGAGUCAAACUACAGCCUCCAAUAGACAUGAAUGUGACAUUCAUAUUGUGCAAUUAUUCCACAGAUCUACACACACAAACUGAAUCAGGUAAAUGUGUUGUUGUCGUCAAGGAUACUCGUGCUAUCUUUCUUUCAUUUGUUAAUUCUGUGACUUUUUUCUCUGUACCUAUACAAACUAUUUGCUUAGACUGAGAAAGCUUUCUACACACUAUCCCAUCAAUAAAAAAUGUAAUGUACAUACAUA